GAAGGUCGAAUAUCGUCAGCUUCGUUGUGAUGAGACUCGUAAAAAUCGAGCAAGUGUAAAUAGAGGCCCCGAACAAUGUCUAGGACACCCUUAAUGAAACCAUUGUCAUUGAAAUUUGAUGGGCAUGACGUCAUAAAUUACAUGCUGUACAAAAUCGUUUUAAAGGCUCAACGAAACCCACACUAUACGCGGCAAUACAAAAAGCGAGUAGGUUCUCUCCCAGUAGGACAAGUGUAUACUUGAAUAGCACUUAUGCUACAUUUGAUUAACUAGCAAAAAGGAGAGAAAAAUUGUGUCCAAAAUCGCAAUGUGAGUGUUGGGCUUGCUCGAAUCUGCUCGUUAUUGUAACUUUGAAAUCAAGAAUGGGUAUUUUUUUCAUCGAGUUUUUUCGCUCGCUGAAGAAACCGACCAAGUACAUGCUUGGUCGUACUAUGCUGUUUUUCGUUUACUUAGUCUUCGGAGCAUUUGUGUUCCAAGCGAUCGAGUCAGGUGCGGAGAUGGGCCGAAAGGAGCAUCUCGAUUCCGUUGUGGAACAGGUAGUAAAUAAAUACGGUAUGAGUGAGCAAGAUUUGACGUUGCUCGUUGAUGAGGUGGAAAGAGCAGUGGACGGAGGUUACUUGAAAGCAGAUUAUGAUAGAUGGAAUUUCGCGGGAUCUUUGCUAUUCACUAGCACAGUCGUAACUACGAUUGGUUACGGUCACAUGACUCCCAUCACCACUUGGGGUCGCGCAUUUAGUAUCAUCUAUGCCCUAUUUGGAAUACCCAUAGCGGGCCUCAUGUUGAAAUCCAUUGGCGAAAAGUUAACGGAGACCAUCCCGAAUGUACUGACGUGCGUGGAAAGACGUUUGCUUGGGAGAGAAGAGGCAGAGCACAUUCAGAUGAAGUCAACAAUUACGGUGUUCGUUAUCAUGGCUUUCCUUCUGCUAACUCUAGGAACAUUUGCGCAUGCUUAUGAAGGUUGGUCAUACUUCGAAGGAAUUUAUUUUGCGUUCGUCACCCUGUCGACCAUAGGUUUUGGUGAUUUUGUGCCUUCACAUCCGGCCGACCCGAGCAAACACAAUGGCCUUCAUACCAUUCUCUUUACUAUUCUAACCUUCAUUUACAUCACCGUCGGUUUGGCAGUCGUUUCCAGUGCCCUGUUGUCGAUCAGCAGACUUUUUGAGUGCAAGGAUCACGAUGAGUUUAUGAAAGUUCCUUGCUCGGAGUUGGACGAUAGUUUAAUCCUGAGCGAAAGCGAGGGGAAAACGGUAAAGACCUCGGAAAGCCAAUAGAAAGAACAACGACGUGCACUUUUAAAGAAUAGAAAGUUUUCGUGAAUGAAAAUGAUGUAUAUAAAAUAACUGAGAUUAUUCUCUUAAAAUGUAUUUUUGUUUGAACGAGAGAAUUAUUAUAUUAUAUGAUGAUUUUCCUCAACUCAGAAGGAAAAAUAUAACAAAA